AUGAAUCCAAUCAACGAUCGUAAAUCUGACUAUUGGAAGUAUCUCAAGAUUAGACAAGGUGAGUCCGAUCUCUUCAAGAUCGCUGCCUCUGACAAGAGAUACAUCUGGUACAACCCAGAUCCAAAGGAGCGUGACACCUACGACUGCGCUGAAAUCGUCCGUGAGACCGCUGACUCCUUCGUCUUCAAGACCACCGCCGGUGAGGAGCGUACCGUCAAGAAGGACGAUGCCAACCAACGUAAUCCAGUCAAGUUCGACGGUGUUGAGGAUAUGUCUGAAUUGUCAUACCUCAAUGAGCCAGCUGUCUUCCACAACAUGCGUGUAAGAUACAAUCAAGAUUUGAUCUACACUUACUCUGGUCUUUUCUUGGUAGUCGUCAAUCCAUUCAAGAGAAUUCCAAUCUAUACCCCAGAGAUGGUCGAUCUCUUCAAGGGUAGAAGAAGAAACGAAGUUGCUCCACAUAUCUUUGCCAUCUCCGAUGGUGCUUACAGAUCUAUGUUGGACGACCGUCAAAAUCAAUCACUUCUCAUUACUGGUGAGUCUGGUGCCGGUAAGACUGAGAAUACCAAGAAGGUAAUCCAAUAUUUGGCAGCUGUUGCUGGUAGAACUGCCAAUGGUGCCGGUGUUUUGGAACAACAAAUUCUCCAAGCCAAUCCAAUUUUGGAAGCUUUCGGUAAUGCCAAGACCACCCGUAACAACAACUCUUCGCGUUUCGGUAAGUUCAUUGAAAUCCAAUUCAACAGUGCCGGUUUCAUCUGUGGUGCCUCCAUCCAAUCCUACUUGUUGGAGAAGUCUCGUGUCACUUUCCAAGCUGAGACCGAGCGUAACUACCACAUCUUCUACCAAUUGUUGGCCGGUGCCACCUCUGACGAGAAGAAGCAAUUGUUCUUGUCCGGUCCAGAGAACUACCAGUAUCUCAACCAAUCCGGUUGCACUGACAUCAAGGGUGUCUCUGACCUCGAGGAGUACAAGGCAACUCGUAACGCCAUGACCAUCAUGGGAUUCUCGAACGACGAGCAAUUGUCGAUCAUGAAGGUCAUCGCCGCCGUCUUGCACUUGGGUAACGUCAAGUUCGAGAAGGGAUCCGGUGAAGGUGCCCUCCUCAAGGACAAGACCUCGCUCAACCACGUCGCCACCGUCCUCCAAGUCAACCCAGCCACUUUGGAGAAGGCUUUGAUCGAGCCACGUAUCCUUGCCGGUCGUGACUUGGUCGCCACCCACUUGAACCCAGAGAAAGCAUCGUCCUCAAGAGAUGCCUUGGUCAAGGCAUUGUACGGUCGUCUCUUCCUCUGGUUGGUCAAGAAGAUCAAUCAAGUCCUCUGUCAAGAGCGUAAGGCCUACUUCAUUGGUGUCCUCGAUAUUUCCGGUUUCGAAAUCUUCAAGGUCAACUCAUUCGAGCAAUUGUGUAUCAAUUACACCAAUGAGAAACUCCAACAGUUCUUCAAUCAUCAUAUGUUCAAGUUGGAGCAAGAGGAGUACUUGCGUGAGAAGAUCAACUGGACUUUCAUCGAUUUCGGUUUGGAUUCACAAGCUACCAUCGAUCUCAUUGAUGCCCGUCAACCACCAGGUUUGCUCGCCUUGUUGGACGAACAAUCUGUCUUCCCAAAUGCCACCGACGCCACCCUCAUCGGAAAGUUCCACUCUCACUUCUCCAAGAAGCAUCCAAAAUACGAAGAACCACGUUUCUCCAAGACCGAAUUCGGUGUUACCCAUUAUGCCGGUCAAGUCAUGUACGAGAUCUCCGAUUGGCUCGAGAAGAACAAGGAUCCACUUCAACAAGAUUUGGAGCUUUGCUUCAAGGAGUCUGGUGACCAAUUGGUAUUGAAGUUGUUCAACGACCCAGCUAUCGCUUCGCGUGCCAAGAAGGGUGCCAACUUUAUCACCGUCGCCGCUUCCUACAAGGAGCAAUUGUCCAGUUUGAUGGCCACCUUGGAGACCACCAAUCCACAUUUCGUUCGUUGUAUCAUUCCAAACAACAAGCAAUUGCCAGGUAAGCUCGAAGAUCACGUCGUCCUCGACCAAUUGCGUUGCAAUGGUGUGCUCGAAGGUAUCCGUAUCACCCGUAAAGGUUUCCCCAAUCGUAUCAUCUACUCUGACUUUGUCAAGCGUUACUACUUGCUCGCCCCCAACGUUCCACGUGAUGCUGAGGACGUCCAAAAGGCUACCCUAGCCGUUUUGAAGCACUUGAACAUCGAGGAGGAGCAAUACCGUUUCGGUCUCACCAAGAUCUUCUUCCGUGCCGGUCAACUCGCCCGUAUCGAAGAGGCUCGUGAGAUGCGUAUCUCUGAGAUCAUCAAGUCGAUCCAAGCUGCCGCCCGUGGUUGGAUCGCCCGUAAGGCUUACAAGACCGCUCGUGAGCACACUGUCAGCGCACGUAUCAUUCAACAGAACUUGCGUGCCUACUUGGAGUUCAAGAACUGGCCAUGGUGGAAGUUAUUCUCCAAGGCUCGUCCAUUAUUGAAGAGAAGAAACUUCGAGAAGGAGAUCAAGGAGAAGGAGAGAGAGAUCGGAGAGUUGAAGAACACUUUGUCCGAGACAUCCUCUGCCAAGGAUCGUUUGGAGAAGUCGUUGCGUGAUACCGAGUCAUCGGUCCACGACUUGCAACGUCAAUUGAAGUCCGAAAAGGAAGCUCUCAAGAAUCUCUACGACUCCAAGGACGCUUUGGAGUCUGAGAAGCGUGAACUUCAAAUCCGUGUCGACGAUAUCGAGAUGGAGUUGGACGAGAAGAAGGCUCAAAUCGAGAAUCUCCAAGCCCAAAAGAAGAACGCCGAAGACAAGGUUCGUGAUUUGGAGGAGGAACUUGCUGAGGAGCAAAAGUUGCGUGCCGGUCUCGAGAAACUCAAGAAGAAGUACGAAGAGGAGGUCGACGAAUUGAAGAAGUUGAACGACGGUCAACAAGACACCAUCACUCGUCUCGAGAAGAUCAAGUCCGAUCUUCAAAAGGAGGUUGAGGAGCUCACUGAUUCCAUCUCCUCAGAGUCCAAGGACAAGGGUGCUCUUGAAAAGGCACGUGUUCGUCUCGUCGGUGAGAUCGAAGAUCUCAACGCCAAGCUCGACGCCGAGACCAAGGACAAGAACGACUUGCUCCGUCAAAAGAAGAAGCUCGAGGACGAGUUGGCUCAAGUCACCGAACAACUCGCUCAAGAGACCGCUGCCAAGAUCGCCCAAGAGAACGCCAACAAGAAGCUCCAAGGUGAAUACACCGAGCUCAACGAGAAGUUCAACAACGAAGUCUCGGCCAAGAACAAUUUGGAGAAGACCAAGAAGACUUUGGAGGGACAAUUGGCUUCAGUCAGCAACGAGCUCGCCGAAGAACAAAAGAACCGUGACUCACUCGACAAGAAGAAGAAGGCUCUCGAACAGAUGUUGGACGAGAUGAAGGAUCAAUUGGAGUCGACCGGUGGUGAGAAGAAGUCGUUGUACGACUUGAAGGUAAAGCAAGAGCAAGACUUGGAGGCUUUGAGAAACCAAAUCUCCGAGUUGCAAUCGACCAUCGCCAAGCUCGAGAAGGCAAAGGCUGCCCUCGAAGGUGAAGUCGCCCGUCUCCAAGGUGAGUUGGAAGCUGAACAACUCGCCAAGGCCAACCUCGAGAAGACCAAGAAGAAGGUCGAGGCCGAACUCGAAGACACCAAGGCCAACUUGGUUCAAGAACAAAACAGCAAGCAAGCUCUCGACAAGACCCGUAAGAAGUUGGAGCAAGACUUGGCUGAAGUUCGUCAACAACUCGAAGAAUCUAACAACGGUAAAUCGUCAUCCGAUUCCACCAACAAACAACUCGAAGGUCAAAUCUCUGACUUGAAGGUUGAAAUCGACCAAGAAUCCAAGGCCAAGCAAGCUCUCGACAAGAAGCGUUUGGCUCUCGAAUCCGAACUCAAGUUUGUCAACGAACAACUUGAGGAGGAGAAGAAGAAGGUCGAAGCUGGUGAGCGUCGUAAGGUCGACUUGGAGAAGGAAGUCUCACAACUCAAGGAGCAAAUCGACGAGGAAGCCAACGCCAAGAAGGCUGUCUCCGAAGCCAAGUCCAAGAAGGAACAAGAGUUGGACGAAGUCAAGCGUCAAUUCGCCGAUAUCGUAUCGUCGCGUGACAAGGCUGCCGAGCAAGUCAAAUCGCUCCAAGCCAAGAACGACGAGUACAAGAACACCGCCGACGAAGCCGAAGGAAACAUGGAGCGUGCUGAACGUGCCAAGAAGAAGGCCGAGUACGAGCUCGAGGAAGCCAACAAGUCACUCGAAGAGGAGGCUGCCAAGCGUGCCAAGAUCGAGAAGGCUCUCAAGAAGGCUGAAGCCGACUUCCGUGCUGCCCGUCAAGAAGCCGACGACCAAAAGGCUAUCUCAUCCGACCAAUACGUCCAAUUGAAGCGUCUCAACGAGGAGUUGUCCGAGUUGCGUUCCAUUUUGGAGGAGUCUGACGACCGUGCCAACAACGCCGUCAAGUCCAAGAAGGCUGCCGAAACCCAAUUGGAGUCAUUGAAGGACGAGUUGGAAGCUGCCAACAUUGCCAAGUCCAAGGCUGAGAAGAAGCAAAAGGAUGCUGAAGUCCGUGUUGUCGAACUCGAAGAGAUGUUGGAGGACAAGUCCGGUUCCGUCAACGUCGAGCAAAUCAGAAAGAAGGAUGCUGAAAUCGACGAUUUGCGUGCUCGUUUGGAUCGUGAGACCGACUCUCGUGUCAAGGCUGAGGAGGACAAGAAGAACACUCGUAAGACAUUCUCUGAUCUCGAAGCCAAGGUUGAGGAAGCCGAUCGUAACUCUGCUGCCAUCGACCGUCAAAAGAAGAAGUUGGAGAGCGAUAUCAUCGACUUGAAGACUCAACUCGACACUGAAUCCAAGGCUCGUUCCAAGGCUGAGAAGGCCAAGAAGAAGCUCGAGCAAACCCUCGCUGAGAAGCGUGCUGCCGAGGAAGGUUCCUCACGUGCUGCCGACGAGGAGCUCCGUAAGCAAGUCUGGGCUGAAGUCGACGAUCUCCGUGGUCAACUCGAUACUGAGCGUUCCGCAUUGAAUGCCGCCGAGAAGAAGAACAAAUCCUUGUUGGCCGAGAUCGAUGAGAUCAAGGAACAAUGGGAGGAGUCCAUUCUCGCCAAGGACAAGCAUGUCAAGGCCAAGAGAUUGCUCGAAGUCGAAUUGGAAGAGCUCAAGGCUUCACUCGAAGAAGAAGAGGAAGCUCGUGGUGAAUUGGAGGACAUCAAGCGUCGUAAGGAUCUCGAGGUUGAGGAGUACAAGAAGAAGUACGAGACUGAACUCGAAACCGCCACCCAAGCUGAGGAGUCACGUAAGAAGUUGGCCGAAGAGUUGGAUGCCAUCAAGAAGACCCUCGACGAGGAGAAGAAGGCCCGUAACGAAGCUGAGCGUGCCAAGAAGAGACUCGAGUCUGAGAACGAAGACUACUUGGCUCGUUUGGAUGCUGAGGUCAAGAACAGAUCACGUGCCGAGAAGGACAAGAAGAAGUACGAGAAGGACUUGCGUGAGACCAAGGGUAAACUCAACGACGAGGCUGCCACCAAGACUCAAACCGAAAUCGGUGCUGCCAAGCUCGAAGAGGUCAUCGAAGACUUCAAGUCCAAGUUGGACGCCGCCGAUGCCGCUCGUCAACAACUCGAAAAGUCCAAGAAGGCUCUCGAAGGUCAAAUCGACGACUUGCGUGCCCAAAUCGACGACGAAGGUAAGGUCAAGAUGAGACUCGAGAAGGAGAAGCGUGCCCUCGAGGGAGAACUCGAAGACCUCCGUGAGCAAGUCGACGACGCCGAAGAGUCCAGAUCCGAAGCCGAGAAUGCCAAGCGUCUCCAAGACCUCGACCUCGAAGAAGCCCGUCGUAACCUCCAAAAGGAGAUCGACGCCAAGGAGUCUGCUGAGGAUGCCAAGAACAACCUCCAACGUGAGCUCAUCGAAGUCAAGGGACGUCUCGAGGAGGAGAUGAUCGCCCGUACCAACUCUGACCGUUCACGUAAGAGAUUGGACAGCGAGAUCGAUGCUUUGACCGCUCAAGUCGACGCCGAACAAAAGGCCAAGAACAAGGCAUUGAAGGACGUCAAGAAGGUCGAGACCGAAUUGAAGGAGAUCAAGAAGAAGUACGGAGAAGUCGAGAAGACCUUGACCAAGGACGGUCUUACCGCCGAGAAACUCGAAUCCGACUUGCGUAAGGCCAAGAAGGAUCACUCCGACGAACAACAAUCCCGUCUCUCACUCGAAACCGAAAUCCGUAAGUUGCAAUCCGAUAUCGUUUUGCUCAAGGAUUCCAUUGAGAAGGCUCAACGUGAUCACGAGAAGACCAAGAGAGAAUUGGAGUCCGAGUCACAAUCCAAGCAAGAAAUCCAAAGAAAGAUGGCCGAUUUCUUCUCUGGUCUCAAGGCUUAA